AUGUGCACUUACACUGGUGGUGAGAAAGAUUCACUGCGCCACAGCUCCGCACCAUUAACUGAUGAAGCAAUCAAUGAAAUGGUUAAGUCUCUUCUGAAUGAAGACCCGGAGGAUUGUGUCAAAGUGGGUCUGGCCCCUUUCUGCAAGCUUAACCCGCCACCGGAUGCUAAGUCGGAAUUCUGGAAAGUGGAGUAUGAUCACGAGGCUGCUAAGAAGGCUGCUAGGAAAGCCGCCAAGAAGACCACUAAGAAGAAGAAGAAACCAAGCGCCUCUGGCCUGCUCAAGCUUGAUGACACCUCUGAGUCGGAGGAACUUGCCCGUUCUUCCUCUGACGACUCAUCACAAACUGAGUUACCGGCUUUCAAAACUGUCCCUGGUGGACAAGCAAAACCCAACAAGAAGGCGAAGGCGAAUAAACCAACUGAAGCACCAAAAACUACUGAGCCGGAGCCACAAGUCUCCGUUCCUGAAGUUACUGACAAACAGCCGGAAGAGCCUAUUACUGCUACCACACCUGAGAUUCCGGAUCUCCGUGUUGAUGACACUAUUGUCAAUCCUUCAACUCCUGCCCCCUCGAUUUCACCUAAGCCGUCAGAGACUCAUAAUGAUGACGUGUUAAUUACUGGCACCGGUUUUGUUGAACCGGGAAAUCCAAUAGCUUUGGCCAAACAUACUGCCAAGCAAGAGGUUAUUGAGAGGCGGAAACUGAAGUUUGACAUCUCCCACUAUGCGCAACUGAACAACAAUGAAAUCCUCUCCGGCUACCUCAGCCAGGUCCACUCCAGCCGCGACCUUGAAAUUGACAUGGUGAAGCAGAUGCACCAAAAAUAUGAGGUUGCCACUGUUGAACUGGAGUCCCAAUUGAAUGACGCCAAGACCCGGCUGGCGACUCAGGAAACUGAGACCCGGAAGGCUGAGUCGAAAUUCCAGUUUAGCGUGGCUGAGUCGGAGAAACUAAAGACCAGCUUUGCAGCGGAGAAAAAGGCUUGGGCGGAUGAAAAGACGAUUUUAACGCAACGUGCUGAGAAGGCACAGGCAGCGCUUCAAGAGGUGACCACUGAGCUCACCGGCUUAAAACUCCGUGUAACUCAGAUGGUUUCAGCUAUCUUUGGCCCCAGGAGCAGCAAUCUCAAUCAAGACAUGCUUGUGAAGCUUAAAACUGUCUAUACACUUGUCGAGCAGCUGUACACCGGGACUCAACGUGCUUUAGCCGCCAUUUCGCCAACAGGUCAAGCACCAACUAUGCUGAUAGAUGUUUUGAAGAAACUCUCUGUGCUGCCUGUAAGAUUUGAUGAGAUAAAGCGAUCAUCCGCAAGGGCCAGCGCUGUGAUGGCUUUGAGCCGGGCCAAGGCAUGGGUACCAGAGCUUGACCCGUCUGAGGUAACCACUGGUUACCCAAGUUUGAAAGAAGAUGGCACUCCUUUUGAUCAGAAAGAAUUCUCAGCUUGCGCGUCCAAUGGCCACUCUGAUUGCCAAUGA